AUGACCAACCCGUGCAGCGUGACCAUCCGCUCCUUGCUGCUGAUCCUGAGUGCGACGCUGGCCCCGCCGGCGGCGGCGGUUGACUGCCAGCGCUCCGGCGUGGCCAACUACACCACCACCUGGAGCGUAGGCGCCAGCGGCAAGCUCACCGUCGUAUUCCUGCAGACGGCGGCUCGCUGGACGGUGCGGGUAAAGUUUUCCCCUGUCGUCACCUCGAUGGUAACGUCGGUGGCGACGGCCGAGCGACAGUUGGCCACCACCUACGAACUGACCAACAAGGGCUACAACGCGGCCCAGUCGGCCGGUAGCUCGCUGGUGAUCGACUUUAGAGUUGGUUUCGCGUCGGCACCGGUGCCGCAGGUGGUGAGCGUGGCCACAUCGGGUGCCGAGCUCCGCUCCGGUGGCUCCACCACUGUCACAACUACCACCACCACCACCACCGCCGCCACCACUACCACGGGCAGCAGCAGUUUGCCGUACAACUACGCCGUGGUCCUGCGGAAGUCGCUGCUGUUUUACGAGGCGCAGCGGUCCGGCCCGCUGCCGGCCGACAACCGGGUCCUAUGGCGCGGCGACUCUGCCCUGGGAGACAGCGGCGACGACGGCGAGGACCUCACCGGGGGCUACUACGACGCCGGCGACCACGUCAAGUUCGGCUUCCCGAUGGCCGGCAUGACGACCGUGCUGGCGUGGGGCGCGCUCGACUUCGCCGACGGGUACGCGGCGGCCGGCCAGACCGGCUACGUGCUGGACGCCAUCCGCUGGGCCACGGACUACUUCGUCAAGUGCCAUGUGGCGCCGACCACCUUCUACGGUCAGGUAGGCAACGGCAGCAUCGACCACGACUGGUGGGGUCGGCCCGAGGAGAUGGCCAUGCCCCGGCCGGCCCACAAGAUCACCGCCUCGACGCCCGGCUCGGAGCUGGCCGGCGAGACGGCCGCCGCCCUGGCCGCCGCCUCGCUCGUGUUCCGGCCGUCCGACCUGAACUACGCUGACACGUUGCUCGCCCACGCCCGCCAGCUGUACAGCUUCGCCGACAUGCACCGCGGCGAGUACCACAAGAGCAUCACCGACGCCGAGAACUUCUACAAGUCCUGGAGCGGCUACGGAGACGAGCUGGCGUGGGCGGCCGCCUGGCUCUACAGGGCCACGCAGGAGGCCAGCUUCCUGACGGCAGCCCGGCAGCAUUUCCAGGCUUUCAGCGCCCUCUCCCAGCGAGCCAGCGGGUUCUCCUGGGACGACAAGCGCGCCGGCGCCCAGGUGCUGCUGUACCAGCUGACGGGCGACGCGCAGUACGGCGCGCUGGUCAAUGAGUUCUGCGACUGGCUGGCGUCGGGCGCGCCGCGCACGCCGCAAGAGCAGCUGUUCCUGCAGCCAUGGGGCUCGCUGCGGCACGCGGCCAACGCGGCGCUCAUCUGCCUGGAGGCGGCCGAGGCCGGCCUUAAUCCGGCCCAGAACCGCCAGCUGGCCAAGGAGCAGAUCAACCUGAUCCUAGGCGACGCCGGCCGCAGCUACGUGGUCGGGUUCGGCUUCAACCCGCCGCUGCGGCCGCACCACAGGGCCAGUUCCUGCCCGGACCCGCCGGCCGUCUGCGGCUGGCCACAGUUAUCCUCGCCCGACCCCAACCCUCAGGUGCUUCACGGCGCCCUGGUGGGCGGCCCGGAUGCCAAGGGUGAAUACCAGGAUGUGCGCUCCGACUACGUCAAGAACGAGGUCGCCACCGACUAUAACAGCGGCUUCCAGAGCGCGGUGGCUGGCCUGCUGUCGCUGCACGUGCGCGGACUAUACCCGGCCUCAUGA